AUGCUCAUCUUCUUUGUGUGCAUGGCCAUGCUUGGGGUCGUCCGGGCGAUUCCGGUCGACAACGGUGUUGAAGGAGAGCCUGAGAUCGAAUGCGGGCCCUCUUCGAUCACAGUGAACUUCAACACGAGGAAUGCGUUCGAGGGUCAUGUAUAUGUGAAAGGUUUAUAUGAUCAAGCCGCCUGCAGAAACGACGAAGGUGGCCGACAAGUGGCUGGCAUCGAAUUGCCCUUCGACCAGUGCAAUACUGCUAGGACUAGGUCGCUUAACCCUCGUGGAGUUUUCGUCUCGACCACCGUAGUGAUCUCAUUCCAUCCUCAAUUUGUUACCAAAGUCGAUCGAGCCUAUAAAAUCCAGUGCUUCUACAUGGAGGCUGACAAGACCGUCAGCACUCAGAUUGAGGUCUCUGAGCUGACCACCGCCUUCCAGACCCAGGUUGUACCAAUGCCUGUCUGUAAAUACGAGAUUCUUGAGGGAGGACCAACUGGAGCUCCUAUUCACUUUGCCACCAUUGGCCAGCAGGUGUACCACAAAUGGACUUGCGAUUCGGAGACGACCGACACCUUCUGCGCCGUUGUUCACUCUUGUACCGUCGAUGAUGGCAACGGUGACACUGUACAAAUCCUUAAUGAAGAAGGCUGCGCUCUCGAUAAAUUCCUGCUCAAUAAUUUGGAAUAUCCGACGGAUCUGAUGGCUGGCCAGGAGGCUCACGUCUAUAAAUAUGCCGAUAGGUCACAGCUGUUCUACCAAUGUCAAAUUAGCAUCACAAUCAAGGAGCCGAAUACUGAGUGCCCACGUCCACAGUGUCCAGAGCCUCAAGGAUUUGGUGCAACUAAGGUAAUGCUGAAAUUUGAAAGUUUUUAUAUUGGAGCCACAGGAAGGUCUGUAGGGUCACGACGGCAUUUCACAAUAUCAGCAGCGUGUUGGGAGAGGGGGCUAUAUUUUUAG